CGAGGGGGGCCGUUCCAACGGCCGCGCUGGGGGAGGCCGCGGCGGCGCUGGGAGGUUCCUGCGCGCUGGGGGAGCCGUCGCUGUCGGUCCCUCCACGGGCCGCGGGAGUAACUUCCAGCGAAGAUGUCGGAGUAUAUCCGGGUGACGGAGGACGAGAACGAUGAGCCCAUCGAGAUCCCCUCGGAGGACGACGGCACCGUCCUGCUCUCCACCGUCACCGCCCAGUUCCCCGGGGCCUGCGGGCUGCGCUACCGCAACCCGGUGUCGCAGUGCAUGAGGGGGGUGCGGCUGGUGGAGGGCAUCCUGCACGCCCCCGAAGCCGGCUGGGGAAACCUCGUCUAUGUUGUUAAUUACCCCAAAGAUAAUAAGAGGAAAAUGGAUGAAACAGAUGCAUCAUCAGCUGUGAAAGUGAAACGAGCAGUUCAGAAGACUUCGGAUUUAAUAGUCUUGGGACUUCCCUGGAAAACCACCGAACAAGACCUAAAGGAAUAUUUCAGUACGUUUGGAGAAGUUCUGAUGGUGCAGGUUAAGAAGGACAUUAAAACUGGCCACUCAAAAGGUUUUGGUUUUGUUCGGUUUACGGAUUAUGAAACCCAGGUGAAAGUGAUGUCUCAGCGGCACAUGAUAGAUGGAAGAUGGUGCGACUGUAAACUUCCCAAUUCUAAGCAAAGCCCUGACGAACCUCUGCGUAGCAGGAAGGUGUUUGUGGGGCGCUGCACGGAGGACAUGACGGCAGACGAACUGCGGCAGUUCUUUGCCCAGUAUGGAGAAGUGGUAGAUGUCUUCAUUCCUAAACCCUUCCGAGCUUUUGCUUUUGUUACAUUUGCAGAUGAUCAGGUUGCCCAAUCUCUUUGUGGAGAGGACUUGAUCAUUAAAGGAAUCAGCGUACAUAUAUCCAAUGCUGAACCUAAGCACAAUAGCAAUAGACAGUUAGAGAGAGGUGGAAGAUUCGGUGGUAACCCGGGAGGUUUUGGGAACCAGGGGGGGUUUGGCAACAGCAGAGGAGGCGGGGGAGGCCUGGGCAACAACCAGGGCAGUAACAUGGGAGGAGGGAUGAACUUCGGAGCCUUUAGCAUCAACCCUGCCAUGAUGGCAGCGGCGCAGGCGGCCCUGCAGAGCAGCUGGGGCAUGAUGGGCAUGCUGGCCAGUCAGCAGAACCAGUCGGGGCCCUCGGGGAACAACCAGCCCCAGGGCAACAUGCAGCGGGAGCAGAACCAGGGCUUUAGCUCAGGGAAUAACUCCUACGGCGGCUCCAACUCGGGGGCAGCCAUAGGCUGGGGCUCGGCCUCCAACGCCGGCUCCAGCAGCGGGUUUAACGGGGGCUUUGGUUCGAGCAUGGAUUCCAAAUCCUCGGGCUGGGGCAUGUAGACGCAGUGGGCUCUGAUACUGACUCUAUGGUGGGAAAUCAAAUUUUUCUAACUCAUGGUAAGUAUACUGUAAAUUACAUAUAUACUAAAAAUUUUCCAAAUCAGUUUGUUCAGUGUGCAGUAUAUUCAGCAGUAUUUUUGACAUUUUUCUUUUUUACAAAAAAAAAAAAAAAAAAAAAAAAGACAAAAGAAAGGUAAAAGGAAUUUUAUAGGUUUUGUUACAUAUCUUGUUGGAAUACUGAAUGUUUGGAAGUGGACUGCUGUUUGCCCGAUAGGUAAACUAACACUACAGUCGAUAGGAAAGGUUUCUCCUGUAAUACUUUGUCCCUUGUUUCCUGGCUACCUGAAUUCUUUGCAUGUUCAAAAUGGAAACCAUUGGUCAGAAACAGCAUUCUCUCCCUCUUGUUUUUAAUUUGAUCCCACCAUAAGACUCUCCAAGUGCCCAGUUGGAGAACACGGUGUCCUUUUUGUUUCGUUUGUGGUUUGUUUUUGUUUUGUUUCUUUUUUUUUUAACACUGUCUCCCCUCCAUACUAAAGUACGAUAUGAAGGCUUCAUUUAAUCUCCGCAGUUCAUCUCAUUUCAAAUGUGUAUGGAAGAAGCACUUCAUUGAAAGCAGUGCUGUAAAUAUUCUGCCUUAGGAAUACUUCUGUCUACAUGCUUUCUCAUCCAAGAAUACUUCAUCACACCGCACAUGCUGCGUCUUAGACGGUGGGUGUUCCAUUUUUAUCCGCUACUCUUUAUUUCAUGGAGUCGUAUCAACGCUAUGAACGCAAGGCUGUGAGAUGGAACCAGAAGGCUGUUUGAACUUUUGAAACCUUGUGUGGGAUUGCUGGUGGUGCCGAGGCAUGAGAGGGCUGGUAUGAGCGAGAUAAAAGGAGAGAGCGCAUGCGGAGACCUGGUGGUGCAUUCAUGGGAUUUUAUUUUACUUGGCGAGAUGUCUCUCAAUCCUGUGGCUUUGGUGAGAGAGUGUGCGGAGAGCAAUGAUAGCAAAUAAAAGUACGAGUGUUUAUUGCAUUCAAAGGACAUCCAUAUGUGGAAGACUUUAAGUGGGUUUUAUACCUAGUUAAUCAAUUAGCUGAAUGUGUUAUGUGAAAUGAAUAUUUGUAUUUUUUUUCCCUUAUGUCAACUGCUGUGAAUGCUGUAUGGUGUGUGUUUGUUGUUUUUUUUUCUGUUAAUGACCUGUAAGUGUGGCAAUGUGACUCGAAGAUGAUGGGGUUUGUGCUGAGAACAUUGAGCUUGUGGUGUGCUUUGCGGUAGCUCUCGCGGCAGAGCUCCCGGCGAGCUCAGUGUGCCUCUCCAGGGUGGAGCUCCACUGUCUGUAAGAUAUCCAUAAGAAUGCUGUUUGCUGCAGUUUCGUGUUUGGAUGCUUUUUAUAAGAUUUGUCACUGUAGGAAAUUCUUAAAUAAAACUGAUUUAAGUAAUA